AAAUUUUUAACCAAUAUAAUAUUCUCAAUAACCAAAAUGUCCCACGUAAAAUUACUUCAGGGCAACAGUUUAGACAAACAUAGAUACUUGGAACUUCAACGUUCUGCCAAAGACUUAAUUUACAAAAUUAGCGAAUUCACUAAAAGCUCAGAUUUUAAUGAAGCUGACAACGUUUUGUUGGAAAUCAAAGUAGAUUUGCUCGACAUGAAUUUUGUCAAGUAUGUGCAAUGUAGUGAUUUACUCUUAUGCCAAUAUGAAAAUACAGAAAGCAUAGAGGACUUUUACACUGAAAUAAAAUUGAAACUGAAAAGGAAGCAAAUUCUCAAUUCUGAAAAAAAAUUACAAACUAAAUCUCUUGAACGAGCUAUCGAUGUACCUAAAUUUGAUGGUAGCAGCGGUUUCUCAGAAUUUAUGGCCGUUUUCAACGAUAAAGUUGACAAAAAUACUGAAUUGUCAGUAUCGGAAAAAAUUGACUAUUUGAAAUCAAGUUUGAUGGGGACUGCAUUGGAUCAGAUUCAAGGCAUUGAAAUGUACGCAGAAAUGUUACAAGUUUUGAAAUAUAAAUUUGACAAAGAGACUAAUAUAAGUGGAAGCCUUUCGAGAGUCCAAUCACAACAGGAGAGCACGAUGUCUUCUUACAGCACAACACCAGCUCAUAUCGCGUAUCUUAACGGUACAGAAAUUACUCAAGAACUAUACAAAAGCAUCGUACAGGGGUCGUACUCUCACGCAGUCAAAACCACCAAAUACAUAAUUGAUAAUAACCAUGCGGCAUACAUUACCAGUGUGGUAGAAAAACUUGCUCAGGAAGGUAACAGAAACCUUCUGAGUUACGUUUACCAGCUAUGGAUUAGUGACGAAAGACGUGCCGUUGAAAACCAUAUGCCAACAGUAUUCAAACGUAUAUUCGACGAUAAUGUGACAUUGGUACAGAAAGAGUACGGUCAAGCGUUGAAACUGGGUGUUAACAUCGAUGGUGACGGAGACAGGACUGCGUGGGGCGACUCAAAGGACGUGACUAGUGAUCGAGUACAAUGGAAACUACUUCCUGUCUGGGAGAACAACCAAGUCUUCUUCAAGAUAAAGAACAUCGACUAUAAUAUGUUUCUAAAGUUAGAGAUAUACGAAGAUCAAAUAGGUGACAGAGGAGCGUUUGGGUCUAGCGGCGAUGGGACACAAAGGCACAUUUGGAUCCUGGAGCCAGUUGUCAUAGAUGGGUAUAUGUUCUUCUACAUCAUCAACCGGCAAUUCAGCCAAGGUCUCAAGUUGCAGGUGUCCGCUGACAGCAUGGGUGACCGAAAACUUUGGGGUCAUAACGGGAACAUCCACCAAGACCCUUCACAUUACGCUUGGGCUAUUAAACCUUAAACACAGAUUAGUCUUCGAAACGAUAUUCUUACAUUGAAAUGUAUUUAGUAAAGGAUAUUUCUAGGAGCCUAAUUUGACAUUAAAAUGUUACACAAU